AGUCGAUGUUCCGAUCGCGAUCAUGCCCGAGCGCGCCUGGAUGUGUGCAAGAUCGUAGUGGGUGAAUGCGCGCUCGAACGGGAGGAAGGUAGGAGAAAUUAAAACCGAAAGAAAAAAAAAUCCAACGGUACAUACCAUCAUCGUGGGCUGCGUUUACUUCCCAUCCAGCCAGAGUUGAGUCAGUUCAUUUUUACCUUUCAUCGACUGUGAACAUAGCUUACGCGGUGCGCGUGAUUUGUGGCCAACUUUGUGAAAUUUUGUGAGUGGGUGCGAAAAUGCAUAAAUUGUUGGAAUGAAACGGAAUAUUUUUUGGAGGAAAAUUCACACCUGUAUAACGAUGAGAAUAAUAAUUUGCAACACUAUAAUCGGAGGGAGUUUGUGUUAACAGUAUUUCAUUCAAAUGAUGACCCACUUGUUAAAGCGAAGUGCGUAAAUUUAAUACGUGAAGAAUUUGGCAUAAGUGAAAAUAGAAGUGAUCAAAAGGGAACGGCAAACAGCACAACUGGGCCAGUGGGUGGAAUCUUCUCUCCAUAUCGGAUUAAGCCACCUAAUUGGAUUUCAUUUUGGAGCUUUCGAUCAUUUGCUCUAUUGGAUGCUGCGUGAAUAACCGAAAAACGCGGACAACGAUUCGCAUGGGUUCGAGACGACAUCGAGGCAUCAACAUGCUCCUGUCAACGGGUCGAAUAAAUAAGCGCAACUUCCACCUAGCUGACGAACGGACGGAAAACGAAUGAGAUCUUAUUUUGUAUUGACAAAACAUACCUACUAACUCUCAGAAGAGCAUAGUUGAGCGAAAGACAAGGAGAGUGAGAGAGUUUCAGAUUUACAUUGCCCAGGAUGAGUGAACUUGUUGGAGCCGCCUUCGGGUCUGUAGCGACGGCGGCCUCAAGCGUAGGCUGGUUCGUGCCUAUGCUAGUGGCGGCUAUUGCUUACUUUCAAUAUGAAGAGUUCAUGGACCCAGAGGCAAGGGUAAUUGAUGUUCCAACUGAUGCUAUGCUGGACAAAUAUGAUUUCAUAAUAAUAGGGGCAGGUUCGGCGGGUGCGGUGUUAGCGAAUCGACUCACAGAGGUUGAGAACUGGAAUGUAUUGCUGCUAGAAGCCGGAGGGGAUGAGACUGAAAUAUCCGAAGUACCGCUGAUGGCGGGAUAUUUGCAGUUAAGUAAGCUAGACUGGAAAUAUAAGACGGAGCCAUCUGGAAAGUACUGUUUGGCCAUGGUUGGAGGACGCUGCAACUGGCCCCGAGGGAAGGUUUUAGGAGGAUCGAGUGUACUAAACUACAUGCUUUAUCUGCGUGGCAACAAAAAAGACUACGAUAACUGGGAAGCGCUUGGAAACACCGGCUGGGGGUAUAAGGACGCAUUGUAUUACUUUAAAAAAUCCGAAGAUAACACCAACCCCUAUCUAGCCAAUACACCGUAUCACUCGACAGGAGGCUAUUUAACAGUAGGAGAAGCGCCUUAUCAUACACCAUUGGCAGCGGCUUUUGUAGAGGCCGGCGUUGAAAUGGGUUUCGACAAUAGAGAUCUAAAUGGCGCCAACCAAACGGGAUUCAUGAUAGCUCAAGGAACGAUUCGACGGGGUGGAAGAUGUAGUACAGGUAAAGCAUUUUUGAGACCAGCGAGACUUAGGACCAACCUGCAUGUUGCCAUGUAUUCUCAUGUGACGCGCAUCCUAAUUGACCCUGUAUCUAAGAUUGCGUUCGGUGUUGAGUUCAUCCGUGAUAGAAAAAUUCAUCAUGUGCGAGCGAGCAAAGAGGUUAUUCUCUCAGGCGGGUCAGUAAAUUCACCACAAAUUCUCAUGCUCUCUGGAAUUGGUCCGAAAAGUGAGCUUGCAAAGCACCGAAUUCCAUUGAUUAGUGAUCUACCAGUGGGAGAAAAUUUGCAAGAUCAUGUUGCCCUCGGAGGUCUCACCUUCAUGGUGAAUCAACCAGUUUCGAUAGUAGAAAACAGGUUCCAUUCCAUGUCAACUGUUCUGCAGUAUGCAGUUUUGGGGCAAGGACCCCUCACUAUUUUAGGAGGAGUCGAAGGACUGGCAUUCGUAAACACGAAAUAUAUUAAUGCAUCAGAUGAUUUUCCGGAUAUUGAAUUCCAUUUCGUGUCAGGUUCCACAAAUUCGGACGGUGGAAACCAACUACGCAAAGCCCAUGGUUUAACCGAUGCAUUUUACAACGCGGUAUUUUCCCCCAUCAAUAAUAUGGAUUCCUGGAGCAUCAUACCUAUGCUUCUACGUCCUAACAGCGUUGGUCAGAUAAAACUUCGGAGCGGCAAUCCAUUGGACUACCCGUAUAUCUAUCCAAAUUACUUCCACGAUGAGCUGGACAUGAAAACACUAAUCGAGGGUGCCAAAAUAGCAUACGCCGUGUCUCGGACGCAAACAAUGCAAAAAUAUCAAUCUACGCUAAGCGCAUAUAAGUUUCCAGGAUGCUCGCACAUCAAAAUGUUCACCGACCUGUACUGGGAGUGCAUGAUACGACAUUAUACUUGUACGAUUUAUCAUCCUGUGGGUACCUGCAAGAUGGGGCCCUAUUGGGAUAAGACGGCUGUCGUGGAUCCCCAGCUGCGGGUAUACGGUAUCCGGGGCUUGCGGGUUAUCGACGCCAGCAUAAUGCCAAAAUUAGUCAGUGCCAAUACCAACGCACCGGUAAUUAUGAUUGCGGAAAAGGGAGCCGACCUUAUAAAGGAUUUCUGGAUCAAAAGAAGUGUGGUGAAGUAGCCAAACAUCGUGCCUGGAUCCAUAUGAACUUUGUAAAUACAGCAAUAGUAAACCAUGUCUAUUUAUUGACCAUCAAUUAUUUGUAAAUGUAAACCAACAAUGUGUCAUUAACUAGUUGUAAUUGAUCAUGACUUGGUCGAACAAGGUAUACUAAUUUAACCAGAUAAUUGUGAUCCAAGAAUCGUAAGCGGAAUAGAAUGCAUCUGAUAGCAAAUAAAUUAUUUUAGGGCAUAC